GCGGCGGGUGCCGGGCCGGCGUACUACCUUCCCCCUAAUUGGCGGUGAGGAGAACCACAUCCCCCGCCUCCCCCGCGCGCAAAAAUCCACCCGACCUCAGAAACCGAAAAACUUGGACAAGUUCAGUUCGAGCAUAGUUUGACACCGGUUUGUGGUCAGCUCCUGGGUGACUUUAUCUGUGUAAUUGUACUGUGAUUUGUCAGUGUUCAGGUCAGCAGGGCGUCGUCAGUUACUGAAGUGUCAUACAAAUGCCGUGAGAUUUUAAGUGUUUGGAACGUUUUUGAUUUUAAAUUGAAAUUUAUAUUUAAAUUUUAUUUAUAUACUAUCCUAUUUAUUGAUUUGGUUUAUCAAUAUAUGUUGUGAACAGUUGACAAACAGGUAAGGUUUAAGACGAUUGUAAAUUAUUAAUUAAAUGCUUUUUAGUAUUUCUUGGACUGAGAGAAAUCCUAACAUAACACAAACUUUCUAUGACUAAGUCAUAAACAGUUUUUCUUUCGAAAAUUGUUUUUAAACAGCAAAGUGCCUUUUAGUGCUUAUUUUUGACAUUUUGGACGUGAACUUGUGUGAGUUGGUGAACACCGGAACGAACUCUCGGUGUUACCUGACGUGAUGCCGUGACGCGGCGGACCAGCAUGCAUCUGGCGGAGAUGGAGCCAGGAUAUGUGACCGCUGACCUGCUGGCAGAGCGGACACUGGACGGCAUCCUGUCGGAACACCCCGGGGAGCUGGUGAGGACCGGGAGUCCUCACGUGGUGUGUACCGUCCUACCGCCCCACUGGAGGUCCAACAAGACGUUACCGGUGGCCUUCAAGGUGGUGGCGCUGGGGGACGUGGUGGACGGCACCGUGGUCACCGUCAGGGCCGGCAAUGACGAGAACUAUUGCGCCGAGCUGCGCAACUGCACCGCCGUCAUGAAGAACCAGGUGGCCAAGUUCAACGACCUCCGGUUCGUCGGCAGAAGUGGCAGAGGUAAGGGGAAGAGCUUCACGCUGACCAUCAUUCUGAACUCUUGCCCCCCGCAAGUCGCCACCUACAACAAGGCCAUCAAGGUCACCGUGGACGGCCCCAGGGAACCUAGGUCCAAGACCAGGCAUCAGCCAUUCCACCCGUUUCAUUUUGGUCCUCGGCCGUUUCCGUUCGGAGCCCAUCUAGACCCUCAGAGGGUGGCGGAAUCACUGCCUUUCAAACUUUCUGGAAUGGCUCACCACCUGAGUAUGGGAGCUGGGGAAGGGCCUUGGGGCAGCGCGUUUACGAGAGGCCUUGGAGCCUACCCGCCACCGUACCUGCCGCCCCAUUGUGGGGCACCUCCAGGGCUCCACCCUCCACAUUUCCCCAGUGCCAGGAUGUUGGCGCUGUCUGCAGCUGCUGCAGAACACUCACUUCAUCCUUCAGCGAGAGUAACCGAGGCAAUUAGAUCACCUGAUUCGGAACCUUUGGGACCAAUCAGCGUGAGCGUGACACCGGAUCGGAAGUCGCCACCUCCGGACCCCCACCCGGGACUACUGACCACGGCACGUCGAGCCAGGAAGCGUUCGUUGUCUCCUCCAGAGCCGCCUCGACCUCCCGACGCCCCGGUAUCUUCGACAUCCUCAGGGUCCGCCGAGCAGCGCAGCGUGUCUCCCGUGUACCCUACCAGCCCUCCACUGCCCUUCCACCCCAACCCGGCCUUCUUCAGCCUCUUCCUCAACGCACCCUUGUUGCAGCCCUCACAGUGGUUGUACUCACAGCUUCAUCCCUACAGCCACUUUCCUUUUAGACAACCGCCACCCGAAGACAGCUCCGACUCGAGGAAGACAUCCCCUAGUUCUCCCAGCCCUGUGCGGACAAAAUCUCCCUCACCACCGCCUUCGUCAGCGCCCGAGUCUAAAAACACUUCGAGACAUUCUGAUGUAUGGCGUCCGUAUUAGUGGCUGCGGUAGUUUGGAAAUUGUACAUUAUAUGACUUAUAUAAAGAUAGGUGACAAGAAGAAAGUGAAAGUGAAAUGAUAAAUGAAAGCUUUAGAGACUAGUGACUUUAUAAAUAACAUUGAUCACGGAAAAUGACUAGAAAAUUAACCUCAUAGUCAACACCAUGCUCAAAUUGCUAAAAUCUUUUCAAAAUAUGGUGUUUUAGAGCCAGGAGAAGUGAAAUAUACGACAAGUUUCAAGAGGUGUAAUAUGUGAUUAUCUUUAGACCGUUUAGUUAUAAAGCAAAUUGUUUAAAAAUUUCAGUAACCUUUUUAUUCAAAAAUAUGUAUUUAAAGUAUUUUUUCGUUUAAUAUUUUUAACAUUGUAAACUAAUGUUUUUAGCCUACGUAAAUGUUUUUCACGCAAACUUUAAUAUAAAAAGACUAGAUUAUUUUAUGACUAUUCGAGCUAUUUAUUUCACAGUUAAUAGAUUGUUGGCUCAAUAGAUUUUAAUAUGUGGUGGCACUUUGAUGCAUCUGAAAUACAGCGUGUAAAUUUGUCACGAUUUGUUGAAAAUUCACUAUUUUCCCUUACUGUGUAUUAUUUGUUUUAUACCCAAACUGGUGUUGUAUUUAUGUAAAUAUAUGGAGUUACCUUUUGUGUAAAAAUUAUACUUAGGCGAUUGUAUUUACGAUUAAAG